UUCUCCGUCAACUAAUCGAACCACCAACCGAACCUAAUCAUCUUGAUUUUUAGGGUUUCUGUUGUAAUGGAACCACCUGCAUCUCCUCCCAACAAUAAGCCACGUGUCGCUCACCGGUCUAAGGAUCCCGAAAUGGAUGUGUAUCUUCCGGCGACCGAAGCCGACCCGGCUUCCUCCGUUUGGGACUGGGACGAUCUCCUGGACCUCACCGUAGAAGAUCACUUCUCUAUCGCCUUUGACGACCAAAACAUAUCUCCUCCUCCAUCAGAACAUUCAGCUCCAGCUCCAGCUCCAGCUCAUGGUCCGAGUCCAGUUCCUGGACCCGAUCGUGUGAGGAAGCGGGACCCGAGGAUGACUUGUACGAAUUUUCUAGCUGGUCUGAUUCCGUGUGCCUGCCCCGAGAUCGACGCGCAAAUGGAGAAGCUUGAAGAAGAAGAGGCGGGGGUGCCGGGAAAGAAGCGAGCCCGAACUGGACGUGUCGGGUCAGGGACGUUUCGGUGCCAAGUUCCGGGUUGCGGGGCGGAUAUUACGGAACUUAAAGGUUACCAUAGGAGGCACAGAGUUUGUCUCCAGUGUGCGAACUCGAGCACCGUUUUGAUCGAUGGUGAAACCAAGAGAUAUUGCCAACAGUGUGGCAAGUUUCACCUGUUGAAGGAUUUUGAUGAAGGAAAAAGGAGUUGUCGAAGGAAACUAGAGCGUCACAACAAUAGACGGCGAAGGAAGCCUGCUGAUUCUAGGACUGCACUGAACAGAGAAUCUCCAGGGGCGGUGCAAAGUCAAUAUAUUGCUUGUGAUGGUGAAGCAGGAAAAGAUGAUUUAAGCUUGAGUGGCCAGAUAGCUGAAGAAGAACAUACCUUUGAGUCUGAAGAUGGGCUUGUUUCUGCUCAUUGCUCUGCUCCCAUGGUGCAGAGUGUUAAUAAUGAUAGCGUUGUAUCUUUUGUUGACCCUGAAAUGGAUGCAGGGAAAGAGAACUCCAAGUUUCCCAUUUCUACUUCUUACUGUGACAAUAAGACUGCUUACUCAUCCAUGUGCCCUACAGGCAGGAUCUCAUUCAAGCUUUAUGAUUGGAAUCCGGCAGAAUUCCCACGAAGACUUCGGCACCAAAUUUUUCAAUGGUUGGCCAAUAUGCCUGUUGAGUUGGAAGGCUACAUCCGCCCUGGUUGCACAAUCUUGACUGUGUUUAUUUCAAUGCCAAAGAAUAUGUGGAUAAAGUUAUCUGAAAAUCCAAUGACCUACAUGCAUGACUUUGUCUUUACACCUGGAAGGAUGCUAUAUGGGAGAGGCUUCAUGACUAUUCAUCUUAACGACAUGAUUUUCCGUACCAGGAAAGGUGGAACUACUUUGGUGAAAAUUGAUGUGGAGGUGCAGGCCCCUAGACUUCAUUAUGUCCAUCCUUCAUGUUUUGAGGCGGGCAAGCCAAUGGAGUUUGUUGCUUGCGGAAGUAAUUUGCUACAGCCCAAAUUUCGGUUUCUAGUAUCUUUUGCUGGAAGGUAUCUGCUGGAUGAUUAUUGUGUUGCAUCCACACAUGUCCACGGUAAAGAGGAUUCUCUUAGUUGUGAUCAUCAAUUAUUCAAAAUAUACGUCCCUCAAACUGAACCAGAUCUCUUUGGUCCUGUAUUCAUUGAGGUUGAGAAUCAGUCUGGAUUAUCAAAUUUUAUUCCUGUCCUAAUUGCGGACAAGGAGGUUUGUUCUGAGAUGAAGGCAAUACAACAGAAGUUUGAUGCCUCUCUUUUUCGGGGAGGAUCAAAGAUUUCUUGCAAUGUUUCGUCAUGUGAAACAUCAACUUCACAACAAAAAGCGUAUUCUGAACUUGUUUUAGAUAUAGCAUGGUUAUUGAGAGAGCCUGAACCUGAGAUUUUUCAAGAAACUAUGGCCUCUUCUCAAAUUCAAAGAUUCAAUUGUUUAUUGAGCUUUCUCAUACAAAUCGAAUCAACAGUCAUUUUGAAGAAAGUAUUACAAAAUCUGAUGGUUUUGGUGGACAAGCCUGGGUUUAGUGGAACCAACAAUGCUGAUAUAACGUUACUACGGAAAUAUAUGGAUUAUGCUAGAGAUAUCCUUGAUAGCAAACUUCAAAAAGGUGAAAGGCCAGUACUUAUUUCAGAGUACAUAGAACGAGAAGGAAAAUGGUUUUCUCGAAGCAGCUUCACACAUGAUGGCCUAUCUAUUGUUCCUAAUGGUUCUCAGGAUUUGGAAGAAAUAACUAGUGAUAAAUUCCGAACAAUGAUGGCAUCGACUACUUUGACUGAAAGCGAGGCCGUUCCGCUGUUAAACAAAGAAGUUAUCUUGAAUGUGAAUCUUGAUAAAGAGUUCCCGAGAAAAUCAUGUAGUCCCAUAUUCGCCACCACAACCUUGAGAUCUUAUCCGGCUAUAUUUGUAUUUGCUACUGCUGCUAUUUGCUUAGGGAUCUGUGCAGUCUUGUUUCACCCUAACAGGGUCGGUGAGUUUGCAGUAACAAUACGAAGAUGUUUGUCGACAGGUCGUAGCAGAGGAUCGCAUCGAAAGAGGUGUUCGAGUAACAUUGUCGACAAGUGCAUCCGACGAAUUUGGGAAUCCGAAGUUUGUAAGUCACAAGAUGACAAUUUUAAGGUUGUGACAUGUAGUAUCGGCGAGGUACCUUUUCAUAUAUGCAUUGUAAGUCUUGAAUUUGAACAUUGUUUAGCUAUUUUAGGCGUUUGUGCUUCCCUGUAUUAUAUCUUGAAAUUUACUCAAUGUUCUCGGAAAUAAAAUGUAAAACAAUUGCCCCUUAAUCAUUA